GACGUCGGCGAAAUGAAAUCGGCUUGUAGCAGUUUUCCCCACAGAAUGGAAGUUGUCGCGGGGAAGAUACGGGCGAUACUUGGUUGACCUGGUCGGAUAUAAACGUCGCUUCACCUUUUUUUCGUCUCUCCGCGGUGAAGUUCUCAUUAACAAGGAAGACUGCGUAACGGUGUGCUCGGCGUGUAGCGUCCCCGCAUGGAGGAUGAGGAGGAUGAUGUGUUUGAGCCAGACCCCCACUGCUGGCACACCACAUUCAAGGAGAUAAAGUGCGAGGAGCGGGCAACACAGACACCUGGCCCCGUCCCGGCAUCAAACAACGGCAUGCUGCCCUGUGGAGUCGCAGAGGAGCCAAGACCACUCUUCUACGGUAACGCAGGUUUUCGAUUGCACUUCCCGGCCCACUUUGAACUUGUUGGUGAACAGGAGGAGCGACUGCAAGAAAGCGACGACGGAAUGGAGCAGCAACUCCAGCAGCAGCAGCAGCAGCAGCAGCAGCAGCCCGUGGCACGCAGCAUAGAGGCCUGCGUCGGUCAGAAACUCCAGCUGAUUGGAGACCAGUUUCAUCGGGAACACUUACAGCUGUAUCAUCGAAACCAAAGGAUCCGGGGGAUGCUGUGGUGGCGUCUGGCCACGGCCGUGCUCGGCCUGCUUUUCGACAGGGGCUUCUUGGCCGCACGAGGCGGAGCAAGACGGAGGUGAGACGGUCUUCCACCUCGUGUCUGUUUUAAUCAUCUCCGCGAGGAACUGGACUCCCGAUGGCACUGUCGAAUCUAACACGGGUCUGUUUGUGGUGGCACGGUGGACGCGUGGAAGGGUUUCUCAAAAGGUCACCGCGGGACGGAGACAAGUGACUUUUAUACAAAGUUUUUUUUUUCUUUUCAACACGAUGCCAUGAUGCCCAGAGAUUCCUCUACGGGACAAUGUUCAUAUUUUGCUCUCCGUGUGGUGUAGUAGUUUUGUACAGUACAUUAGUUCGUUUUUUUUUUUUUUGCACUUCACAAUGUAUCCAUUUUUGAUGACCUCCACAACAGACCCUUGGAAUGCCUUAUUCAUUGUUUUCUGCCAUAAAGAGUAUUGAAAGAAUUUUACAUAAUGGCAGAUAACAAAAGGAAAUGUGGUGGGCUUUUUUUUUUUUAAACCGUUGUGAAAUAUUUCCAGGUAACCACUCAAGUUGAUUUAUAAUUUCCAAAGAGGCAACUUCUCAGAAAACGCGUUUUGCACCUCACUGAAUGGUUACAUUUAUUUUCUUUAAUAUGGUUUGACCUUGUCAUGUCCCUUUCUUACUCAUUCUUUUGCUGUAAUAACGUACACAGACGGUUUCUGUACACGACUGCUCACCAAGAAAAAUAUUUUGUUCAACUAUCGUGAGUAAACGCUACUGUACAUGUCGCUAUCUCCUGAGGUAUCAGCGACGUUUGCAGACGUUAAUAAUUGCUCACUCGUCAAACAAACCUCUGUAACGACUAUUCAGACUGCAAGGAAUAUGGCUUUUGGGCUCCAUUUCCCGACCCAGCGCAACCAAAAUCUGGGUAUUUUCGCAGAUGCACACAGCUUAAAAAAAAGCGGGCGUUUUGCGGCGUUGUGAGCGUGAACACAGCUGACUCGAUAUGGCGCCAGUGGACGUGGUUUCUUUCGUUCCCUUUAAAAUCGGCCCGCGCAGAGUUUGACAUAGUGGCAGCAGAAACCGAUGAGAUAAAUUGCAUUUUGAAGAAACCGGAUCAAAGCGGACCUCCACGGCCCGAUGAUCCUAAUUUGGCGAGGGAGAUCACAGAUCUGUGAAGUCGGUCGGCAAUUAGAGACCGCCUUCCAAACACGAUUGUUGGUGUCCGUGUGUGAUCCUCCUCGCCAGCCCCAAAAAGCCCACAGCUGUGAUUUUCAAAACAAAAUAAAGAUCUUCAGAACAACAUAUGCAAUGAAUUGAUUUCCGCAUUGAUUUAGAUGAAAUAUGAUGACCGCCACCACACAUGUUUGUGGCACCCAAAUCGCAUUUUACGACGCGAGGCAAUACUUAGAUGUGGUUCCAGCAGGCGUAAAGUUCAGAGAGCUUUCAGCUAUCAAAUUGUCUGGUGUGCCGGGCACAUGUCAAAGGAAGCGCCCACCACGAUGUAGAGCGAUCUACCAAAUUUCCAAAAACGCUAAACGAGGUUUGCGCUGCCACAAGAAUCGAGAUGCGCUAAUUUUUACGAAUAUACAGCCCAAUGAGUCUAUCAAGUUUCUUACGCUGUAUGGAUAAAAGUCUCGCCACCUAUUUGAAUUCUACCCUUCCAAAUGCAUUAGCAACAGUUUGGGAAAAUCCUUUUUGGUUCCAGCAGAACUUUGGAAUAAAUUCGAACCUCUAUACCCAACAUCGGCAACCUUUGACCUCCCAUACGCACUCCAAAGUCUUCCCGAAAAAAGUGAGAAGUUUUAAAGCCGCGCAAGCGACACUCACGUUUUCCUCUUUUGCUUUCCCAUGGGUGUAGUCCACCUGUCCCAAUACUUUUGUCCAUACAGUGUAUCAAGCCACCUGCCGUAAAACUGCCCAAUGACAGAUAUAAAACAACAGUCUCCCAGCUUUUUUUUUGUAAGUGCACUAAAUGGAAACUUUAGUCACGCCAAUUGUGUAUUUAGUGAGAGCACCAAAUCCUUUCCCAUCCUGUGUUGUUUUUAUUUUGUUUUUUUUGCUUUGUUCUAUCCGUGUUAUUUGCAGACCUCCAUGCCCUUGAAGUGGAGCUGUGGAUCCACUGUUUUUGCACUAGCACACCCUUUAAAUCCUUACUGAUCGGCGAGGGUUAGCGAGUGCUUGCGCACGGCUCGGAUUAAAAAAAAAAAAUAUUUUUUUUUUAGACAAGGUUCGGUCCAGGUCGCAAAUGAUCUUCCAGGCGUUCACCAACAGUUUCACCGGUCGCAAACAAAAUGUCGGAAAAGAAGAACCGUUUGCAGCCGAUCAAACUCUUGGCUAACAUCUUCGCGACCUUGGACGAACCCUGAUGGGAAAACCGCAUUCAAUACGCGCGCGCACGCUCGCAAACCCGGGGCCGCCCAAUGAGAGACGGGCUUAAGACUUCCACUAUUUACCGCCCCCCGCAUUUUAUAUGAAGGUUUUCACUUAAUCUAUAGCCACAACAUCCCCUUUUUUCAAUCAGUAUUGAGACCUGGCAGGUCACAGUCUGAGAUCUGAACCGGCAAGGAAAUGGUUCUGGUCCUGUCCUGCCACAGCUCGGUGUGUCGUUUUUCCACACCAAACAGGUGAAACGGAAUCCUUUCAGGAAACUCUCAUGGGAUUUACCCCCCGCUUUGGAUUGGGCCGGGUGACUCUUGGAUUGCCUUUGAUGCUCAGAUCCAGAAGCGGGCCAGUUUUUAUUCCACGCCACCGACCAUUCACGAUGCAAACUAAAGACUGCGGUUACUUCCUAUUGUUAACUAUGUUUUGAAGACACUGUGGAAGAUUUGUGGGGGUGGGGUUGUGGGGUUCUUAUUUUAUUUUUUACAUUGAUGAACACAGGCCAACUUUUGGACCCACGGAGCAUUACGUAUCAGGGGUGUGUAAAUGACUUGCUCCAAGCAAUGUGUCAAAGUUGAUCACUGCGUCGUUAUUUGAUUUGAUUUUUUUUUUUCCUCUCGUACUCAGCAUAUCUCAGGGAUAACAAGGCUUUGUGGGCCACCUUGAGAAUCAGUUACACGGUCAGAGGAAGAGCAGCGUUGCCACACAUGACGAAACGGUCGUCUCUCAUGUCUUUCCUCGUCCCAGAUUUGUCCGCGCAAAAGGUACAUUUUGACCAAGGAGUCGAAGGCUAGACUGGGGGGUGGAGGGGGCGGGGGGCUACCGAGUGUGGAGUUAGGAGGCGUGUGACGUGCACUGAAUGUGGUUGUAGUUUCCUGCGGAUACUCAAUGCUGAGCCAGUCCGUGUAGCCCCUCCCCGUCCCGCCAUUGUCCUCUCGCUUAUGCCGCUCCUUCAAAGACACACGCCUAUUCUUCAUUGAGUGUAAUUUAUUUUUUCUUAUUAUUUAUUUUCUUUCUUUUUUUUCUUCUUUUUUUGUAUAUUUGCCCAUUUCUACUGUAUACACUCGCACGUGCGAUCACUUCUUAUUCUCCUUGUCUGUCAUAAAGAGCAACGGUUGAGUUUAAAAUUAGUUUUGUACAAAAUGGACCUCAAUGGUCGCAAGUAGAUGUGAUCCACUCUUGUCCCUGUCGCACCCCCCCCCCCCAAAAAAAAAAUCACCGUUCCCAUUAAAGCUGACUUGGACAAUUGCCUUUCAACGCUAAUAUCGCCUUAUCAUUCGCCUUAUUGACGACCGCAGCAGCUUCCUGCUCUUCUUUAAGACAACGGCUUCCAAAGCUCGUCCAACCGCUUUUCCAUCCAGGGGAGCCUGUUUGAUCCUGGAAAAAUGGAUCACGGGUGGAGUAUUGAAAACGUGUGAUUUUCUAGGGAUGGGCUCCGACCACCUCAGACAUUUUUCAAUUCGCCGCUCAAUUCGGUCUCGGGCAAGAUUCUCUCCCAUGUGCAGUUUAGCAAAAGCGGCGGCUUCAAUGCAGUUAUUAAUUUGUAUCAUAAUUAUCGUGGCUCACGUCUUUUCCCUCGGAAUUAAUGAAAGGUCAUCCGUCGCUGAUGAUACAUCAGAGAGGCAGAGCUUCAAAAAGAGUUAGGACGUUCAUGUUCCUUGAUGAAACAGGGUGUUGGUUUAUGUGUUCAAUUCCCGGAAUCUUGAUCAAUGUUGUAAUCGACAUGCACUGGAAAGUACUUUGUUUCUGUAGAUCCCACGGGUCCCUUACGUGUUGUGUCUUCCUAUAUGAUGUACAGUAUACUUCGGAUUGUUCAUGUGGCGUCACAGCUGCCAAGGUGGCUCGCGCCUUUGAUUUAUUGGAAAGGGAAACAAUCUGCCGCGGUGCCCCCCCGCCCCCCCCAUGUAUUUUUUGUUUUUUGGUUACAAUGAUGUUCCCGCGCUGCACUCGUUCUCUUGUGUACACGUUAAGAGUGGAGCGACCCUCGUGUGUGUGUGUGUGCGGGGGGAGGGGAGGGGGGUUGUAUUUUACGGAAACCGUCAGUGUCUUUGAAUUUUGUAGUCCACUUUAUAUAAAUUUGAAGUUUUUGAGGAAGUUUUGAAUUUUUUUUUUUCUCAUAAAAUUCCUUCACGUUCUUUCUUAACUUUGCAAAAUGUAUUUUCUUAACCGAAAACGGUCUGCUUUUAUAAAGGACUCGGAUUAGAUUGUUGUUGUUUUUCUUAAAGAGUAGGAUCCUUGCGACUCCGUGCUAUCGAGGGCAUUUUAUUAUUUGAUUUCGAUUUUUUUUUUCCAACAUUCCUUGCACAGCUCUUUGCAGCGUGUGAAGCAAACCAAAACAAUUCACUGUCGUUAAUUUCGCAUCUUUGGUUGCCCUUCUUGACAGACAACCGAUACAAGUGUACAUGUAUUUGUAAAACCCUGGAAUAUGCCUUUAACUGCUCAGUUUCAAAUGAAGUCUUGAUGAUCACACACUCUCUGUAUACCAAGAAAAGGAGACCCAGCGAAAAUGUAGCAUUUUUGUAAACAUUGACUGUGUGUUUUCGAGACUCUACUGUGCACUCAUUUUGUGUUUAUAUGUCAUUUUGGUUUUGUUUUGUUUUCUGGGGAUUUGUUCAUAUAUUAUGGAAGUAAAGACAAUGUGUUAUGUAGUGCAAUAUGCUGUACAUAUGGAGCUUUGCUCUACAAAUCUUUUUUUUUUUUCCUGGAUUUCUUGUUAUUGGUACUUUUUUUUUCAAUAAAAUUUUAUUGAACGUG